AUGGGGCGCAUGAUCGAAGGGAAAGCUGUGAAGAAAGGAUCCCAUUCUCCAGGGAAAUUGAGCUGGAGCCCCUUCCCCGUAGAUUUAAGGUCCCCAGCAUCCCUCGGUAUAAUUGGGGACAACGACCCUUAUGACCACCUCGACGCUUUCAAUGUCCAGAUGGACCUUUGGGAGGAAUUCCAGAAGAAAUUUAUAGAUCAGUAUAGAUCGCUCCAAAGGCAGCUCGCCCCAACAUGCCACCUCACUACAGUACUCCAAUGGUCUAACGAAUCUUCAAAAGAUUACAUAAAAAGGUUCAAGCGCGAAGUGAAUAAUGUUGAGAGCCCCUCCGACGAAAGUAUCCUGACCGCGAUCUCCGUCGGGCUUCAGAAGGAUGAGAAACUCUACGAAAGCAUUUACAAGUCUCCAGUAAGAGACCUUGGCGAAUUUUAUGAGCGAGCUGCGAAGGAGGUUCAGUGGGAGGAAGCAUUCGGCCUGAAAAAAUCGAGUGACCAGGAAAGAGGGGUACAUACUAGCCAAAGCAAGAAGAGAGGUGAUGAAGACUCUCACAAGGAAGGUCGAGGAUGGAGCCCCAACGAUCAGACGGCCAAAAAGGCGAGGUACGGGCAGGGUGUUGAACGACCAGCACGCCAAGGUCGGUAUGAAAGUUACAGUGUCUUAUCUGACUCCCAAGACAGGAUCUUCGCCACAAAACGUAACAAGGAAGACUUUGAAAGGCCCAACCCUCUAAAGACUCCCGACAAAUACAAAACCAAGAGAAAAUUAUGUGCUUAUCACAAUGAGGCGGGGCACACCACCUCCGAGUGCUGGGCACUAAAAGAUGCAAUUGAAGAACUAAUCAAAAGAGGUCGACUACGUGACUAUGUGGUGCAUCCUAGGGAUUAA